CAUGUAUUAGUAGUUUAACAGAGUGAAAUCCGGGCAUAACAAAAUAAAUUCAGACGGCGAGAAGCCAAAGCUACAAAUGUAGCAGUUGACACUCCAAGUGACAUAGAUGAUGAAGUCUUCGAACUUAGAGAGGAAAACGCCAUUAACAAGAGUGACAGCGUGAAAGAUAAAUAUAGAGAUAGUGAACAGACGCUCCCAAGUAUGAGUGCUGACAUUAAUCCAAACAGCGAUGAACAACUUGGACAUGCUACACCAACGGAUAACAAUAGCCACUGUCCUGAUGGCAUAACUGAGACAGAUAAGGAUGGAAGCAAUAAGGCAUCUAAUGAUGAAGGCAACCACGUUGACAACCCCGAUGGGGACCUCACAAAUACAACAGCAACAGGUAAAGUCUCGAUGAGAGGUAUAAUGAAGAAACGGAUAAGUUCAACGCUACAUAACAUAGACUUCUCGACAUGCGAGGCCGAGUUAUGCGUCAGUACGCUAAGGAUACCAUCCAUGCAGCUGUACGCGGCGUUAAACAAGAAAUUGAAGAAUUGUGGAGAAGUGUGGUUGCAAGAGUUCUUGGACCAUGAUGGCCUGGAGGUGUUACUGUGUUGCAUGGAGACUAUGGGGAGGAAGAGGUUGAACCAGCUCUCAGACGCCAUGAUCGUGAUGGAGUGUGUGGCUUGUAUUAAAACAUUGAUGAACUGUAAGACUGGCAUAGAGGUCAUCAUUGAUAGUAAUGAACACACACGGAAACUUGUUCGAGCUAUGGACACUAACAACGUGAUGGUGAAGAAGCAAAUCCUAGAAUUGCUGUCUGCGAUGUCGCUCUACUCAAGCCAAGGACAUGAACUAGCCCUGGAUGCCCUGGAAUUCUUUAAAAAAUUGAAAAACUUAAGAUACAGAUUUAGUUUCAUCAUAAAUGAAUUACGCACCAGCGAGUUAAUAGCGUACAGGAUAACUGUGUUGGCUUUGGUGAAUUGUCUCCUAGCAGGCGUCGAGGAAUUGGAAAAAAGAGUGGCCUUGAGAAAUGAAUUCAUAGGUCUUGGAAUAUUGGACAUAUUAGGAAAUGAUGAUGAAAGCAAUGAUGACGACGACUUCAUUCUGCAAUAUGAUGUAUUCAUGGAUCAAAGGUCAGACGAUGAUGACGUUAUGGAUCACGUCAUCCCAGGGGUCUCUGAUAUUAACGAUCACAAACAAGUCUUCAAUGCGCUCUUUCAAAAGAUAUGCAGCACCCCACAAUCAACUGUUCUUCUUUCCGUGCUGCAGAACCUUUUGCAGAUCGAUCCUGAAAGUAAGACAUGUGACACAGCUUGGCACAUGAUAGAACGGGCAACCCAAAGUGCAGUUCUUCUUGAAGAGCAAACUAAUAUUCUAAAUGAUACGAUUAAGACUAUUUCCCGUGAAAUACAAACAGAUGUGGACUAUACAGCAUAUAAAAGUAACGUUUCUACUGAAGUUGUAAACAAUUCAACAGAAAUCACAGAUGAGACCGCCUCAAGUCUGAUGAAAAAUCCACUUCUAUUGCAAAAUAUUAAACAAUCACUUUCAAAUCAGAUGGCACAGAAAGGAGAAAAUGACAAAGGACACAAAUUGAAUGGACCAACACGAGGCCAAACUACCAAUACAGAUUCCGAUCCUAUGAAUGGUGUCCCUCCCCCGCCACCACUUCCCUCAAUUAAUGGUGUAACUCCCCUGCCGCCACUUCCUUCAACAAAUAGUGUCCCUCCCCCACCACCGCUUCCUUCUAUGAAUGGUGUCCCUCCCUCGCCACCACUUCCCUCAGUGAAUGGUGUACCUCCCCCACCGCCACUUCCUUCAACAAAUAGUGUCCCUCCCCCACCACCGCUUCCUUCUAUGAAUGGUGUCCCUCCCUCGCCACCACUUCCCUCAGUGAAUGGUGUACCUCCCCCACCGCCACUUCCUUCAACAAACAGUGUCCCUCCCCCACCACCGCUUCCUUCUAUGAGUGGUGUCCCUCCCCCGCCACCACUUCCCUCAUUGAAUGGUGUCCCUCCUCCACCGCCACUUCCUUCAACAAAUAGUGUCCCUCCCCCACCGCCGCUUCCUUCUAUGAGUGGUGUCCCUCCCCCACCCCCUUUAAAUGGAGUACCCCCACCUCCUCCAAUGAAUGGUCCAGGAGUUCCUCCUCCUCCACCAGGAGGGAUGCUCCCAUUUUCUUUAACAAUGCCAAAAGUGCAGAAUGUGCCAAACAUCACAACACCUACGCCAAGAAGCAAGAUGAAAACAAUUAACUGGACUAAGGUACCAGCAAAUGCUUUGUCCAAUGACGAGGUGAUAUGGAGUAGCGUGUUGAAACUGUCAGACCCUAUUCCAGUGAACUAUUCAAACAUAGAAGAGUUGUUCUGCCAGAAGAUCAUUGAUAAAUCUUUGAAAGAUGAAGCCAAAGUCAAAAAGGUUUCCACAGAGGUGAACUUACUGGACAUGAAAAGGAGCAUGAAUGUAAACAUUUUCCUUAAACAGUUCAAAGCACCAAACGAGAAGAUCGUUGCAUUAAUUGAAAAAUGUAAUGGACAAGACAUUGGUGUUGAAAAACUGAAAGGAUUGCUGAAAAUCUUGCCAGAAACACAAGAGAUUGAAAUGAUAAACUCAUAUGAUGGCGAUAAAGACAAACUUGGCAAUGCAGAGAAGUUUUUCAACAGUUUACUAAAACUACCACACUACAAGAUGCGCAUAGAGGGAAUGCUACUUCAGGAAGAACUUUCCAGUACCCUUGAUAGCAUCAGACCUUCAAUAGAAGUGAUAACUCGGACCUGUAAAGCGCUUAUGGAAAGUAAAUCUCUGAAAGAGUUCCUAAGGUUGGCCCUUCAUACAGGAAACUUUAUCAAUGCUGGUGGCUAUGCUGGGAAUGCACUUGGUUUUAAAAUGAAUUCCCUGUCCAAACUGGUGGAGACACGCGCCAACAAGCCUAGGAUGACACUGUUGCAUUAUUUGGUGCAACAAGGAAUGGACAGUGAGAAUGAUGUCCUUCAGUUUGUUGACGAGUUAUCAGAUGAUUUGGACAUCGCAUCCAGGCUGGUAGUACAAGCAAUAUCAGGUGAAAUAAGCGAACUUGAUAAAAGUGUGAAGAAACUAAGCAACCAAUUGGAAAAUAUGAAACCACCAGAUGAAACUGUCACAAAAACAUUCUGUUUAUUUGUGAAGAAUACAAAUGUUGAAGUAUCCAAGUUGAAAGAUGGCAUAUCAGAAAUCAAUUCACUGACGUCACAUUUGGCUGACCAUUUUUGUGAGAAUCAGACAAAAUUUAAGCUGGAAGAGUGCUUUAAAACAUUUAAAACAUUCUGCGAUAAAAUAAAGCAGUGUAAAAAGGAAAACUUGCAAAGAAAGAUCCAAGAGGAGAAGGCAGAGAAAAGACGAAAGGAACAAGCAGAAAUAAGAAAAAACCAGCCAAGUAGUUCCAGAGGCGGUGCUAAGAAUUCCCUUCAGCUCCACCAAGAAGAACCCGGAUGUAUAAUUGACAAUUUAUUGAAGGAUAUACGGAAAGGACGUAAACUGAGGAAACAAGCUACUCCCCUUAAUUCUCCUUUAAAGAAAAGAACAUUCAGUAGUCAAUCUGAAGAAAAGGCUUCCAGUGGUCAAAGUGAUGAAAACAGCAAUAAAAUACAAACAGAGUGAAUUGUGGACAUAGUUGCUGCUUUGAGGAACAAUAAUCAAUAAUUGGAUUUUUCUAGGAUGAAGAAAUGACCAUUUUUAAAAAGGAAAGUUCAGCAAUGUUUUGCUUUGUCUAAAUUCAUUCAUUUUCUCUCGAGAAUCAAGUCCACAACUUAUAAUUCCUCAUGAGUUGAGCCAAGCGAGGCACUACAUUUUUCGGAUCAAA